AUGAGGAUCCUCGCUCUGCUUCUGGGGGUGAAAGCCGCGUGCAUCCUGCUGGUUUCCUCGCUCUCAGGCACGGGAGCAGUCAACAAUAGCGGCCGGUGGUGGGGGAUUGUGAAUGUGGCCUCCUCUGCCAACCUCCUCACCAACUCAAAGAACGUCCAGUUGGUCCUGGACCCUAGCUUAGCCUUGCUGAGCCGUCGCCAGCGCCGCCUCAUCCGCCAGAACCCGGGGAUCCUCCACGCUAUCGCAGCUGGCCUGCAUACUGCCAUCCAGGAGUGCAAAUGGCAGUUCAGGAACCGCCGCUGGGACUGCCCGACCACCCACAGCCCGGCAAUAUUUGGCAAAAUCGUCAACCGUGGUUGCCGAGAGACGGCAUUUGUGUUUGCGAUCACGAGUGCGGGGGUGACCCAUGCGGUGGCCCGCUCCUGCUCUGAGGGGGCCAUUGAGUCAUGCACCUGUGACUACCGUCGCCGGGGGCCUGGGGGCCCUGACUGGCACUGGGGCGGCUGCAGCGACAACGUGGACUUUGGCCGGAUGUUCAGCCGGGAGUUUGUGGACUCCAGCGAGAGAGGAAGGGAUCUCCGAUACCUCAACAACCUACACAACAACGAGGCAGGGAGAAUGACAGUGUCGUCAGAGAUGCGACAGGAGUGUAAAUGCCAUGGCAUGUCAGGGUCAUGCGUCGUGCGUACCUGCUGGAUGCGUCUACCCAGCUUCCGCGCCGUAGGGGACUUCCUGAAGGACCGCUUUGACGGAGCCUCCCGGGUCGUCUACGCCAACAAGGGCUCCAACCGCGCCUCUCACCGUGCCGACCCACGCCAUCUCGAACCCGAGAACCCCGCCCACAAACCCCCAUCGUCCAGAGACCUGGUCUACUUCGAGAAGUCGCCCAACUUCUGCUCCUACAACGGCAAGACGGGUACCCACGGCACCUCUGGGAGGAACUGUAACAGCUCAUCUCCGGCGCUGGACGGGUGUGAGCUCCUGUGUUGCGGUAGAGGGUUCAAGACCCAGACGGAGAAGGUCACUGAGAGGUGUCACUGUACGUUCCACUGGUGCUGCCAUGUCAGCUGCCUCAACUGCACCAGCACACAGACAUUACACCAGUGCCUCUAAUCAGGGGUGAACCAGGAGGACAGGGAUCGGGAGGUGAAGAUGAGCUGGUUCUUUGGGCAGGUGGUGUGUAAGAUAGAGGAGGAGGGUCCUGUGGGUUGGCGUGGUAGAUAAGGGAAGGGCUAACUCUAGAAGGGGGCAAUUGGAGGGUGAAAAAAAGUGAAUACCGGGAGUACUAGAUUUGAAUCAAAGUACUAGAUUUGAAACAAAGUACUAGAUUUGAAUCAAAGCACUAGAUUUGAAUCAAAGCACUAGAUUUGAAUCAAAGCACUAGAUUUGAAUCAAUGUUUCUGAGGAAGAGGGAAGAGAGAAAAGCACAACUAUGACUACAGGGUGCAGAAAGAGGGCGGGUGUGUUGUGUGUGAACAUGUGUGCUUACGUGUGCUUGCUACUGACACUGUGGUAACGUGAGAGUAUGUAAGUGUGCUUACUGGGUAUUUAAAAUGUUGUAGCUAUCCAACCACGUAGAACGGAAUGGAAACCAAUCCUCUCUAUGGCUUCCCAGCACGAGUAACAAGACCAGAGGCAGCUUAGGUAAAAGGAAGUAGUUAAAACAGGAAAUAAAAUUGUGGCAAGGAAUAAGCAAACAAAAUUAGUCAGAGAGACGCUGGGAUUGAAGGCUUUUUGCCCUCUCGGACCUUACAAGAUACAGUUAGUCUCUCUGUUCUCUCCACCUCUUCCCUCUACAGCAAGAGAUAGGAGUGUGGGUAGUGGAGAGAGGAGUGAUGGGAGAGGAGGAGAGAGAAGCGAGGGGAGAUGUGAGGAGGGGACAGUUACCGGACAAUGUCAGACAGAUGUCUCUGUGGCGGGAAAAACACAAGCACGGUCUCUCAUAAACCCGGUGAAGAACUUUAACAAGAGGGUGGUUAUUUUAAACAUCACAGUUUGCUAUGUACUUAGGUCCUGGACGCAAACCAAGCCGUUAUGGUUCCCUGUCGAACUCACCACACAUGCCCUCUUUGUUCAGAUUGCUCUGGAAUCUGCUGCACCUCGACCCGGAGUUACCACAGUGAUUUACUGCGCCACGGUAACUGACGUUAAAUGACUGGACGUUGUAGGAUAACAGAAAAGCGUUCGACAAAAUGUUAUAUCAACCUGGAAUAAAAUCGUAAUAUGUAUAUGAAUAGUUUUAAUGUAGUAUCAAUACACUGAAUAUUGGAGAGUAUAACUAGAUGUAUGUUUUAGUGUAGGAUAUAGGGGCACUGCAAGAGAACUGGGGUGACCUGUCAAAUAGUGAGACCUGCCGUAUGGCAACCCUGUCCGUAAAAUGGGAACCAGUGCCAAAUACUGAUACCUGGAGUCAACCUUGCAAACUAUUCUGUUAGCCUAGGAGGUAUACCUAUGUUGACAAAGACUCAAGACAUUGCCCUGCUGUGGCAACAUGCGACAAGUGUGUCAAAUAAUCCACAAUCUUCCUGUCCAAGUUUACAGACAAAGGUUUUCCCAUUCAAUAUGACCUGCAUCUAGCUGUGUACCAUAAAUUGAGGGGAAAACCUUUAAAGCUGCAAUAUGUCACUUUUUGGGCGACCCAACCAAAUCCACAAAGAAAUUUGAGUUAUAGAUCUGGCAUCCUCAUUGAAAGAAAGUCUAAGAAGCGGUAGAGCUGUUCUAUGUGCACUAUUUCUUUGCUUCCCGUGCUUAUUUUUGCAUCUUUUACUUUUGCGUUUGUACACCAGCUUCAAAUAGCUGAAAAUACAGUAUUUUUGGUUAUGUAAAAUAUAUUUCACAGCGGUUUACAUGGUACAAUGUUUCUCUACACUAUACUUGCUUGCUUUGUCACAUAAACUGAAAUUAGGUGAACUAUUAGAAUUUUAGCAACCAGGAAAUGGCGGAGCGAUUUCUGCAUAGUGCAUCUUUAAUAUAAGGCCACUACAAAGGGAAAUGUAUUGUAUAUCAGCUCAGAAAACCAAAAUGUAAAUAAUAUAUAUAUAGAAAUAUAUAUUUAUGCUGAAGUUACUUGCCAUUUGAGGGAAGAAUGAUUUAUGCGCCUGUUAUAAUCCAAUGGAUGGAAGGAGAGAAGACAUGCUAUCAUUAGUCAUGUCAGAUCAUGAUUUUAUUGGUCUGUUAUCUUGUUUAUUUCCAUUCAUGUAGAUUACGCAGAUUUGUCGAGGACGGGAAACAGAAUUUGUUAGAAAAUUGGCGAAACAUUCUUCUUUCUUCCCUGCAAAUAAAGGACAAUUCCAUCCACUUUUCAACCUCAUUUUCAAUAUCUCCAGCACAAAUAACAAUGUCUAUGUAUGUGAAAACAGCGAUAUACUACGUUUUGUAGAAACAAAUAGAGUUUAAAAAGUUAUACCUGAUGGCGUCAUCAAAAGUUUACCAAACACUCCGAGAUUCGUGGUGACGUGGCCAGAAACUCAUAGCAGGUUUUGAAAAUCACUGUUUUUCUUACUAGCCUGUGAUGUCACACUAUUUUUUAGGAGCCUACUUCUUGUCUUUUUUAAGCAUGGAUCUCAGAAAUGCACUGUUUUCACAUAUGUCGAGACUGGUAUGAUGCUGGUGAUAAUGAAUUCCAGGUUGAAAAGUGGCAAAAUUGCCCUUUAACACCUAUUUUUGUCAUGCACUGAAUAUUACCAUUCUGGUUUAUGUAAAUACAAAAAUAUUUAUUACUGUGGAUGCUUUAUACUGUUAUAGGGAGAGAAGUAAAAGAGUAAAACAAAGAAUUGUAGAUCUUGUUCCUCAAAGAUGUAGCUUUAUGUUGUUUUGUAUUGUAUAAUAGAACAAUAAAGUUUAUAUUUUCAA